AUCAAACGCAGAGAAGAGCUACGACGCAGCGAUUUUAACUACCGCCGGCGACCCCCCCAACAACCCCCUCCAGCCGGGGUAAUAGACGAAAAAAGUCGCAUUGAAGAAAAAUAAAGAGAUGGAAAUCACAGAGCUCUAUAUCUGUCCGAUCAAGGCCCUGCGGCCGCUAUCGGUGCGCAGCGCGCAGCUCUGCUGCGAGGGGCUGCGCCACGACCGGCGCUUCAUGCUCCUCAAAGUCGAUCAGGACCCGGCGGCGGCUGGCGGCAGCCCCGUUCUGCGCUACCGCAAUGUCCAGACGCCCCACUUCCCGGAAGGCGCGCUGUUCUACCAGACCGUCGACGAGGAUGGCGGCGUCAUCGUCGUCACCCACCGCGCGCCCCGCGGCGACAGUAGCGGUCGCGAUCGGCAAGAGGACGUCCUGUGCGUGCCCCUCUCCCCCGUCACAGACGGCUGUGAAAGGAUCGACAUUACCUUGUUCGGCAGCCCCGCGACCACGUACCGCAUGGGAGACCCCUAUGACGCUUGGUUCUCCUCGCGUCUAGGGCGCCCCGUCGUGCUCGUAUAUAUCGGAGACAACCGGCGCCCGGUGCUAGCCCACGCGCCCAGGUCGCAGCGACACCAAGCGGCAGCGGUGGCAGAGCAGAGUGCGUCCUGGCUCUCGCUGAUCGGCGGCUGGCUAUCAUCCUACGGGUCGCCCUGGGGCGAGGAGAAGCAGGAAACUGGAGAGGGAGAGGAAGGGAACGGGAGAAGGGACGGCGGGACGGGCGGGCUAACCUUCAACGAGGCGGCGCCGUACCUGGUGACGUCGAGGGCAUCGUUGCGCGAUGUCAGCGCGCGGCUGCCCGAGGGCGAGGCCGUGGACAUGAUCAAGUUCCGACCCAACAUCGUCGUGGGCGGGGCGGGAGAUCCCGAAGGCGCCGAUCGCGACGCGCCCGCAGCCUGGGACGAGGACUUCUGGGCCGAGCUGCUGGUAGGCGGCAGGCACCGCCUCGCGUUGACGGCUAACUGCGCGCGGUGCGUCUCGAUCAACAUCGACUACGAGACGGGGCGGCCGGCCGAGGGCGAGAUGGGGACCGUGCUGAAGAAGCUGAUGAAAGACCGCCGCGUGGACAAGGGCAACAGGUGGUCGCCCAUCUUCGGGCGAUACGCAUUCCUGCUGCCGCCGUCCCCGGCGGGCGAGGCUGGGUUGGGGCCAACGGGGGGCCACGAUGGGGGGGAGGCGAGGAAAGACGGGGAGGGCGUGGGGUUGGAAAUCGCGGUGGGGGACGAGGUCACGGUGACGAGGCGUAUCAGCGAGCGAGACACGUGGGCCUGGCCGAAGUAGACAAACCGUCCCGUCCUCUCUCUGUCUCUCGUACGGAAGCUGGGUGAGGUGGGCCGGGGACGGCAGCUGUGCA